UACCAGCACCAAGUGUUCAACUUUCCGGUUGUCCAUGACCAAUUUGCUAAUGAUCUUGCAAACGCACACUCCGAAUCAAGUAAGUACACGCGGGACUCAUCGCCAUCAUCAGAAAUCCCAAGCAGAAAUGGCACACGACGACACGAAAAGAUGAUACCCAGCCCGGAAUUUUAGCUAUUUCUACUGGUCCUACGGCGCGGCGGCGCCCAAUCACCGAGGUCCCACCUAGAGAAGGCUACGAAGUGCGAAGUGCCGGUGCGCGACCCCUUGCCUCCGCCAGCCAGCUGCCAGCCGCGCACAAGCUGGUUGGUGAAAAAUCGCCGUAAGCGCCGCGCAGCGCGGGGGGUGCGGUUGCGCGUCUAGGCCGCGACGCGCGCCGGGCGGAUGGGCUCCUCGGCCGGCUCCACCCCGCGGCCUCCGAGGCAGCCGCAGCCGCAGCCGCGCGGCGCCGAGGCGUCCCCCGUCUUCCUCAACGUCUACGACGUCACCCCCGCCAACGGCUACGCCCGCUGGCUCGGCCUCGGCGUCUACCACUCCGGCGUCCAAGUUCACGGGGUGGAGUACGCGUACGGGGCGCACGACGGCGCGAGCAGCGGGAUCUUCGAGGUGGUGCCGCGGCGGUGCCCCGGGUACACCUUCCGGGAGUCGGUCCUGGUGGGCACCACCGACCUGACGCGGGCCGAGGUGCGCGCUCUCAUGGCCGAGCUCGCCGCUGACUUCCCCGGCGACGCCUACAACCUCGUCUCCCGCAACUGCAACCACUUCUGCGACGCCGCCUGCCGCCGCCUCGUCCGCGCCCGCAUCCCGCGCUGGGUCAACCGCCUCGCCAAGAUCGGCGUCGUCUUCACCUGCGUCAUCCCGGGCAACGGCAGGGCCGUGCGCCGCAAGGGCGAGUGCCCCGCCGCCGGCAUCAGGAGCCGUUCCGCACGCCAGGAGGCCUCCGCGCCGCCGCGGCCGAGGACGUUCUUCCGCUCCCUCUCCGUUGGCGGCCGCAAGAACCUGACAUCCCGGCGGCCCCUGUCCACCUCCCCACCGACGUUGCCUUCGCCGCCGCCGCCGCCGGCACCCACCUCGACGUCAACGUCGUCGGGCUCCACCACGUAACCGCGCCAUUUCUCCAUUAUUUUCACAGUUUUACCUGAUUUUUUUUACUAAACAGCUCUGUGCAUAUACUUGAUUUUAAUCUAAGCCUUUGGUAGUGCCUAGUAAUUGCUGCCGUUAAUUAGGCUCUUAAUUUCGAGCGUUAAUACUACUAAUUCUGCUCGUCUGGGCCCGCGUUUACUGUU